UAUUUUACUUUAUUACGCAUCAUUACCUACAACGCAAGUUAUUUUUUACCACCCGAAUGAGAUUAAACAAUUGCACAGUGUAACGUUAUACCGGCGCGGCUGUUACAUUUGCUCGAUUUUGGUUGGUUAGCCAACUGUAGAUCUUUAAUUACCGUUAUAUUGUACCGUUGCGAAUGCUAUUUAACGGUAGAACGCGCAGAAAGGGAGAGAGAGAGAGAGAGAGAGAGAGAGAGAGAAAAUCUAUUUUACUUCUUAUCGAAUUUAAUUGGAGCAUAUACAUAUUAAAUUACGCGACAAUCUUUUAUAACAAUCUGCAAUUUUACUUUUACUUCUUUGUCAUUUCUCAUGCUCAGCUUUUACGGCCGUGGCGAGCGUUAAGAAAGAAUUUAAGCAGCUCUUAAGUUUCUUUGUAUGAAGAAGCUAAAUAGGAUUUCGAAUGUAAUAUAAUUUCCUAUAACGGAAUAAUAAUAUAUUAUAGAUUGUCUUUGCUAUUACGUUAUAUGCUUGGCACUAGAUACCAUUCAUUCAUAAUCGAGCUGACUAAAUUAUCUAGGAUGAAUUUGAUGAAUUGGAGAACCAAUCGGAAUGCAGCGUUUUAGACCAGGUGACUUAAGAUUACAUUAUUGUAAAAUGACGAAUGAAAAUAAAUUAUUAUACGUAAAUUUCUAAAUAAAGAGUAUGAAUACAUUUUGACAAUUUUAUACAUAUAAGUGAUGAUAAAAACAUCAUUAACAACAUGUUAUCUACAAGUGAACUAGAUGAGCCUAGCCGCCACAUAAUUUUUAAAUCAUCUGAGCACAACACUGUCAACAUGACAUUUUUUGCAAUUACAUAUAGGUCACUGGAUCACACACGCGUAGCAGUUUUAACCGCGCAUCAACGACUGCAUUCUCGAGUCUCAAGCGAGUGUCGAGAGUAUGGAGAGAAACGUUGCGAGAGCGUGACCAAAUAACACCUGCGUUCGAUCAAAUCGACUCGCGGAACAAAUAUGCUUUUGAAAACAUUUGUUUUUUUCUUUCGUAAUAACAUACAAAAUGUAACUUUGAUAUUUCAAUCUUGUAUAGUAUAUAACACGCACAAGUUAUACUAGAAGAAAAUCAAGUUUCCUUGGCGAGAGAAAUUGUGUAUUAAUGCAGAAAUAUUAAAUAUUAUGUUAUCUUAAGAAAUAAGUUAGCAUUACGAGUUAGCAUUACAAUCUUACCGAUAUCGGUAACGAUAUCUCGAAGCAACUGCUGCGGAUUGACGAGGUAGGAGGCCAGUUUUAGUCUUCGGAGUAUAAAUGAAGGACAAUGACCCAAUUGUGUGCAGAACGUUGUUGUGCUUCCUCGAUGCUCACCGUGCGCGCAAUUCAUAUUUGAUUAUUUGUAACAUUAUUAAUUACAACAACUAUGUUAAAUUUGUUUCCUUAUCGAGGUAGAUUUUAAAAAGAGCGAAAAAAGGAAAAAGAAAACAGUGCAGUUUUGCAUGUUGCAGCCGACAACAAGUUAAAUUAUUAUUAAAUUAUUAUGAAGACAACUAGUUGGAUUUGUUGGCUCCUCGCCGUGUGUAUCUGUCUUUCCGAAGCGAAGAAUAAGAUUAGAAGACCGUUAUCUCCUGCACCGUACGCUCCUACGGUGAUGUUAAAACAGCCUCGGCCUAUCAAUCCAAGAAUAUCUAUGGGAAAUGCCAUUCAUAUCGGUGCUGGUUUGUCUCAUCAAAGAACCUUGCAAAUACCUUACAAGUAUGCCAAUUACAGAAUUCGCCGGCCGAUAUACAAUGUCUUGCCGACUAGCUGGAAAAAUCAAAUUCCAAUGCGAGCAGUAUCCCUCAACAAUCGUCCAAUUUUGCCACAACGGGCUACCAUUAAAGAAUUUUACUCUAUAAACAAGGUGCCGGAAUACAGUCCGGAAUACCGGCCGGAACUAGUUGCUUUGCCAGCAGCUACUCACCGAGGGGGUGUCGACGACGACAGAGGACCCAUCCACACGAUUCCGGCGCCAAAAUUGACUCCAGCGGAUAAGCCACCGAUACGAUACGACACCGCCAAUUUGGCCAAUACGCCCACCAAUUUCCAAGAUAUCGCGGACCACCGAGCGUACUCGAGCGAUUACCAUACAUCACAAGCACAAAAUCCCACAAGAACCAUCUUUGGAUUAGCCACUAUUGGCAGUGGUUUAUCGCCGCAGGAAAUUACGCCGCAACAGAAUCAAUAUCAAGUUACGGAAAACAACGAAACUGUCCAGCCGGCCAUCCUUCGACCACAGGAUUUAGAUGUAACGAGGCUGUACUCGAUUAUAAUAAAUAAUCCGCAGCCCUCCAACGAGCUUUUUGCAAAUCAUCCGGUUAACUCGGAUACUCGGAGUGUUGUAGGCUCGAAUGCGCAAUUUGGUCAGUCAAGCGCAAACCUGCCAAUGCAAACGAAUCUUCAUAGUUCCCUAAACGUCGGAUUUCCUCUCACCGCCGUUCCGCAGGCACCGUACACCGCAGACACCGCAGACACCGUAGCGCAGCAAGACCUACCAGCGGACCUUUACGUAGGUCAUCCGGCUCCAGCAGGGCCACCGUUGUCAUCUUCGCAACUCUACAAUCUCUUGAAUAAUUUCCCGCAUCAACUCGCGGAGCGGUAUACAGCAGAUCAGCAACGUAUCCUUCAACAGCAACAACUUGGCCAAACACUUGAAUCGGAGCAGGCAACAAGCUUCUCUCGACCACAAAUGCAUUCCUUCAAUUAUGACGAACAGACUAACCAGCUACAACGGCGACAGCAGCAAAUCUUACCCGAUCAAGAUUACGCUUCGGAAAGUGUCACGGCAGAUUAUAAUCUCGAUCCAGAGUCUUCGGUAGACAUACGUGACCAACAACUUACAUUUCCUACAGGUAACGUCCAACAAUCUGAAAACAAUGUUGAAUACGGAGAAAUGAACCAUCAGAGAAAUCCGACCAUGUAUUUCGAUAAGGUCGUCGGCGAUAAUGCCGUAUCGACCAGAUUUUAUACGACACUCCCCAACAGAGAAGCUGCUGAGAAAUUAGCCGCGCUGGCCGCUGCCGGUAACGUCAACAGUCGUCUCAUUGGCCAGCUUCGGCAACAACAGAAGAAAGAUGUGCGGAAGAACGAAGCAAUACCGUUUAAUCAUAAGAACGAUGACGGCGAUGUCGUAAUUCAACACAGUAAAACGACACGGUUGCAGAUCGAUCAACAGCAGAAACCAAAGUCGGAGCAGAAUAUGAAAACCAGUCAGCAACACCACCGUAGACAGACUGAAAGUUACAACCAACGAAAUAAUGAAAAGUCACCUCUGCAAAUUACUGUGCCUGACGAAAGUGAUUACAUUACGAACGAUGACGAGCCAAGUAAUGUGAGGAAAGAUGAUACUGGAGACUUGGAGUACGAGUAUGAAAAUGAAAAUGAAGACAAGGAAAUUGAACAUGUGCAAUCGGCGACUUUGCUCGAUGGAAAAACAACGUCGUAUGACAAUGAUCCUGGUAUUGAGUUUGGCAGUCGUUUGCGUUCUUAAAUUAGACAACUGGAAGCAAAUAUUGUCGAACGCGCAUAUAUAUAUAUAUUACUAAAACAAGAUGGUAUUGUAAAUUAAUAAUUUAUUUAAGAUUAUGCUGCGUGUGAGAAACGCGUGAAAACGUGCGUGCAUGUUACGAGACGUAUGUAUUGAUAAUCUUUGAUUGUA